GUUAAAAUUUGUGCGCGGACUCUGGUGUGGAUAAUUGUGCAUCAAUCUAAUUUGUAGUCGCGUGUGAAUCGUAAAUAUCAAUUAAGAUGAAUCGAAGUAAAAGAGAUAAUGACAGCGACUGCGAAGAAGAAAAUUGGACAGAUGAUGAGAGAGAGCGUCGAAGUAUAAGACAUAAAUACAGAGAAAUGAUCAACGAUACUAAACGACAGAGAGAAGAAAUAACACACAGCAAAUCAGAUUUAUUAUCAGAAAGGUUAAAUGAAGCAAAUUUACUUUUCAAAAAAGUAAAGAAGACAAGAGAAGCAGCAAUGGAUUCACGUUUAAUAUACCUUUGUGCUGCUGCUGGAAAACAACAAGCUCAAGCCCUUCAUACAGACUUUUUAACAUUCCAGCCUUUAGAAUUUGCAGAAAAAUUAAUAUCUUAUUUAAGGCCAAAUAGAAUAGAUACUGAUGAAGGAGGAGGAAGUGAACAACCUUGUCCCUUAUUACCUGAACAUUGGAUUGAAUUUGGAAAACAAUUUCAUCCACUCAUAAAUAAAUCACCAUCUUUUCAUUACAUGUAAUUAAAUUUUUUCAAAUCUAUAUGUAUGUAUGUAUGUAUAUUGUAUUCCAUCUUCAAAUUAAAUUAGAAUAAAGCAACAUAUAAUGGUUUUUUGGAGUAAAUAUAAAGAUAGGUUGAUAAGUGUUUUUGAGCUUAUUGCUUGAAUUUGAUUCAAGAUGAUCAGUAAGCUUCAAAGCACUUAACAAAUUUUAUAGAGGGUGUCAAAAAAGUUGCAGUGCAGUGAGAAAUUUUUACAUUAAUGCUAUAUGUACAGUAUUAUAUACAAAACCUAUAAGUUGUUUGUAACACCAUGUGGUGAACUAGUCUGAUAUCAAAUUGACAACUUACAACUUAAGCAGGGUCUUACAGGUACCUGUAAGACCCCACUGAACAUGGGGGAUGUGUUCCUAGACAACAAAGCACUAAGGAAAACAGCAUUAAAUGAGGUCAUUUUAACAUAGA